GGAAAAGGGAGUGGGAGAUAAAAAUUUGAUUAGAUUCUGGGAGGAUGAGAUUGUGGAGAGAGGAAGACACAGAUCGAUCUUCGUUCGUCUAGUGGCGAUUCGAUUCGGAAAAUCGAACAAAAUAACGACAGUUUUUGACGGCAUUCGUCGGACAAACUUUUGUCCUUUGUCCGCACGACGGAGGAUUCGCAGCACUAUUGUCAAUUUUUAUUUUAGAGUUUUUUCCUUCUUUCAAGGAUUUUGACUACCUGCCUGCUGAUUUCCAUGGUAGAUGACGGAUUUCCUUCAGACAGGAGGAUUUGCGGUGAUGUUUUUCUUCAGGCCGUGGGAAUUUCACCGGCCCUGGGCUUGUAGAGGAUCUUCUUUAUGGAAAGCCAUCGGUGUCACCUCAAUGUACCAUAAUAGCUCAUAGCUUGUACUUGAACACUGUAUGAGACAGGUCAAUACAGUAGGUUUCGGAGAAUGGGUCGGUGGCAAGAAGAAUCUCCGCAACAGCAGUUUAUAUCUGCAGACUAUCAGAACUGUUCAGGAUGUUCCAUCCUUGGAAAGCAGGAGCAACAGAAUGAUCUUUCAAGAUGUAUCUUCAAACUACCCCACCACCCCUCACACCAACAUCAACAGCAGUUGCAGCAAAGUCGUGCAUGCUUUUGGCCAGAGGCAUUUUCUGCAGAAUCUCUCAGAGGAUAAAAUGGAACAUAUCAGGAAAACCAUGAUAAAGCAUGAAGAGAUGUUUAAGGAACAGGUUAAGGCACUGCACAGACUCUACAAUACUCAGAGAUCAGCAAUGCAUGAGAUCAGAAAACAUUCUUUUAGUCCACACAAUCUGUCUAUAUUUUCUACAACUGCUAUUCAUCUUCACGAUGAUGCAUCAAAAAUCUCAGAUAUUAAAGGGAAACUACAUCAAGUUUCUCCAUUUAAGCAAGCAGAAAACCAUUCCAUUUCAAUUACAAGACCCAGGUCUCCUGUACGUUUCAUACUCACAGAUGAGAACAUUGCAAAAAGUAGCGGCCAGAGUUCUUUGUGGAAUGGUGAAAAUAAAGCAAUCAAUUCAGCUGUCAAAGAGAAAAGGGCAAGAAAAACUAUAGACCUUGAAAGGCCUCCUGAGGAGUAUUUGGAUGAUCUUGAUGACUUUUCAGAAAAUCAGGAAAGAGAGAUGAGGGAAGCUGGAAAUCCUGAUGAAGUUUCUGUAGCACCUAGAAAUGUCUUAGAUACAGACGAGAUGCUUGGAGGCAGUGAAAAAGUCAGCUCCAUAACACAGAUGGAAGAACAAUUUUCCAAGCAGAGAGAAUGGUUUAGAACAGAUAUCGGAAGACAUGUAGAGAGAGAGAAUUUGGAAAGUGUUCCAUUAAAGAGGCUUAAAGGAUCACAAGAUGAUACUGAUUUGCUACCAGAUUUAAAAGAUAGUAUUGAUCAAGAAACUUCCACACCAACUAUAGUUCAAAGUACUUCAGGAACUGUGAUGUUUCUUGAGAAAGAGGGUAAGAUGGACAAAAAAAGUUCUGAAUGGGAAAGCAAUGGCAUGAAUCAUGCCCAGCAUGAUAAAAAGCAGAAGCAUCAGUCAUUUGAUUUGGAAUGUAAGGAUAAACCUUCAGACAUCAACACAAAACUGCCAUCAUGGUUUCCUCAGGCAACAGUGACAGGUUCGAGAAACCCAGAAAAUGAUUCUCCCAGUCAAAUGACAAGCUGGAUGCUAGCCCCCGUUUUCUCUCAACCACAGGGAUGGAACUUUGUUGGUAGCUCUGAAGACCCUUUCAUACAAGGGAAAGGAAUUUUCCCCUUUCUGACAGACAUCAAGAUGUCAGGUACAAUGCAAGACAUAGAUAAGAAAACUAGUGUAAACAAAGAAGCACAGAAUUGUGAAGAGAACGGAAGCACACAAGAGAACUUAGUAAGACAUCCAACAGAAUCAUUCCAAACUAUUUUAGCACCCAAUCCUUAUGGAGUUCCCAAUCAGCUCACUCCUUUGGUUUUCCCUACGGGAUAUCCAGUUGGAGCAGCUAUUCCAGCAAUUGGCAUGCAAUGGAGUGUUGAAGGUCACCCUGCCCUUGCAGCUCAGGGAUUUGUUUUCCCAGCAGUUAAUAAAACCAGUGAAAUGGGGCCUCUGCCAAAUCCACUCUCAGCUGCAUGGUGUCCUCAGGGAGCAUAUUUUCAAUUAUAUCCAUAUCAGCAGCAAGUUUUAAAUAAUAACAAAUUUUCAGCACCAUGUCAUAGUGCUGAUCAGUCAUCAAAGCAGGGGGAUGGUCACAUAGAAAGUCAUACACCUGGGAAGCCUAUAUCACAAGCAGAGAAUGAGACAUCCUUGCAAGCUAAAACAAAACGCUGCCAUGAGGAAAGUUCCAGUGUUAAUGGUUCUGAAGGGUUUCCUAGACCUCAACAUUCUAGUAUUACAUCAGCCAACCCACCUUUUGAUAGAACAGCUGGAUGUACAUUAGAUUCAAGAGAUAUCCAGACAUCCAAUCACUCAGAAAGAAGAAUCUCUACGACAGGGAAUGAGCCUUCAAAGCCUUUCAAUACAUCAGAGAAACAGCAAAUUAAUGCUAAAGUAUCAAGAUGUAAUAACCACAGUCUAGAUACACAGGAAGUAGCAGGGCAGCAAGAAGAAAUUAGCAAAGAUUGUAAAUCUGAGCUUCGUACUACUGAACAAACACAGAUUAGAAUAUUGGUCAAUGAAAGUAAAAGAAAAGAUGAAGAUGGGUCUAAAUCAAGUUCAUCUGAUAAAGGAAAUUAUCCCCUGUUAGAAAAGAGGAAUAUUUCCACUAGUGAAUGUUCUGCUGGGCAAGCAGUAUCUCAAGACUCAAAGGAGCUACAAAAAAUUGCUAGCGAAGUUUGCUUCAGUAAGGCUCUUGAUAUCCAGAAGCAUGCCCCUGACAAAAACUUACAAACUAGUUUUAAGAUACAAGGGAUGCAGACAGAACUUUCUGGAUUGUUGAAUUUAGAGGACACAAUGUCAAUAGAUGCCAGCCACAAGAUGCAUUGGCUUUCAACUGACAAGAGUGAAAUUUGUGCAUCAAGAAUGGGAUCACAGAAAGAAACUAAUAAGCUAGAGGACCUUGAUUCCUCUGGCCAUGGAAGCAACAAUCUAGGAACCCAUGAGGGGAAACAAUGUAGAGGCGAAGAUGCACGACAGCUGGAUCCCAUAGACACUUACACAAGUAUUUGCUCAGAAAGUAAGAUAAGAGAAAGCGUUGAGGGUCAGCUACAGAUAGAAACAAAUGGGAUCCACAGUAGAAUCCAGUGUGUACAAAUAGAAGAACCGGAAGGUGCUCUGGCUGAUGAUAAAGGACAGUUCAAUAAAGUUCAUUCCCAGGCUUUGACCAGCAACGGUCACGUAAAAGUCCAAGGCAGUCCAAGAAGUGAGCUGGAUGAUGUCAAGAACGAAGAAUGUCCGUCAGGUGAAAAGGAUAUGGAGGAUAUUCAGAUAGACAGCUUGAAACACAGAGACCGAAUUGAACGCCUGAUUGAUACCCAACUCAAUACACAACUUUCCUCUACCAAUCAAAUGCUAGCUUUGCAAAGCGAUCAUCUUAUAACAGACAAGAUGCCAUCCAAAGACAGAUCCUCAGAGGCAACCGAGACACCUAAGGAAUGCAAUAAAUUACAGGAGAAUAAAGGAAUCUCUGAAGAAGAAGAGGAGGCACGUGAAAAUCUUGCAGCUAAUAUACUUCUGAGUCUUGUUAAGGACAUAUCUGAAAGAAGCAGCUCUGUCACAAAAGAAAGUGUCGUUCAUCAACAAGGACGGGUUGCUUGUGUUGGGCCUUCUUCAAGCCAUUCUAGUAGAGACAGCACUUGCCAUAGGAAUGAGAGAAAGACUUCCACUAGACGGAGUAAGCCUAGAACACACGAGGCAGGUGUGCAGGGGAGCACAGUUGGAUGGACCAAAUCUAUUCGUGGAAAGCGGCGCAGGACACAGCGCCCACGUACUUAGCAUCUUGUGUUGAUAAAUGCUGGUAAACUUGUGGAUUCGUGCUUGAAGAGAGCAGUGUAUGUAUAUUGAGAUCUUGCUUCAGUUUUUUUACAGUAUGAAGCAUUCGCUUAUUUAUUUUGGGAGUGAGGAUAAAUUAAAGAAUGUAUCAGAGUAAAAUAGAAUGCUUUGCCUAGGCCGCCUUUAUGAAAGGAAUGUUGCCCAAAUUAAGAUCAAUCAAAAUCUAAAUUUGUUCCCAUUUAUCUAUUCCUGUCCAAUAUCCGGAUUCCCUUCAACCCGAGUAAAAUCAUUAUUAUUUGCAUUAAUAUAAAAAAUCUAUUUCUCAUA